AUGGAUGCAUUCAGCUUGAAGAAGGAUAAUCGGAAAAAGUUUCAAGACAAACAGAAACUGAAAAGGAAACAUGCCACACCCAGCGAUAGAAAGUACCGAGUAUUGAACCGUCAAAUAGAGGAGAAAACUGCCACGGAGGAGGGAGAGCAAGAUGAGGAACAGCCUGCUUUGAAGUCAAACGAAGACAGGUACUACGAAGACCCAGUGCUCGAGGACCCGGGCACCGCAGCCACCAGCGCGGAGGUGAACAAAGUACUGAAGGACGUCCUCAAAAACCGGCUCCAACAGAACAACGGUAGCACCGCAGUUAGUAACGUUGCCAAUACAGAUGCAUUGAAAAUCAAGGACCUCAAGCAAAUGGGUACCGAUGAGCUUAAUUGUUGGCUUGGGCGUCAGAAUGCAACAUCCGCAGUAACAGCGGCUGAGCCUGAGCCAAUAGUCGCUCCGUUUUACGUACAAGAUGAUCAUGAUCAUGCGGGCAAGAAGAUCGGUCCCCCUUCGGCCGAUCUACCGGAAGAACUAGAGACCGAUCAGGAUUUCCUCGAUGGGUUGCUCUAA